AGUGGUUUCCAUGGUAGUUUCUACAGAAGUCGUGCCAAGGGUAGUAAUUUCUGCAGAAGUUGUGCCAAAGGUAGUAGUUUCUGCAGAAGUGGUACCAAAGAUAGUGGUUUCGGCAGAAGUGGUGCCAAGGGUAGCAGUUUCUGCAGAAGUUGUGCCCAGAGUAGUUAUUUCUACAGAAGUGGUGCCAAGGGUAGUCGUUUCUACAGAAGUAAUGUCAAGGGCAGUAGUUUCUGCAGAGGUUGUGCCCAGGGAAGUAGUUUCUGCAAAAGUGGUUUCAAGGGUACUAGAUUCUGCAGAAGUGGGUCCUGCAGAAGUGGUUUCCAGGGUAGUAGUUUCUACAGAAAAGGUUCCAAGGGUACUAGUUUCUGCAGAAGUGGUGCCCAGAGUGGUAGAUUCUACAGAAGUGAUUCCAAGGGUAGUAGUUUCUGCAGAAUUUGUGCCCAGGGUAGCAGUUUCUACAGAAGUGAUUCCAAGGGUACUAGUUUCUGCAGAAGUUGUGCCCAGGGUAGCAGUUUCUACAGUAGUGGUUCCAAGGGUACUAGUUUCUGCAGAAAUUGUGCCCAGGGUAGUAGCUUCUACAGAUGUAGUGCCAAGGGUAGAAGUUUCUGCAGAAGUGGUGAGCAGGGUUGUUUCUGCAGAAGUGGGUCCUGCAGAAGUGGUUUCCAUGGUAGUUUCUACAGAAGUGGUGCCCAGGGUUGUAGAUUCUACAGUAGUAAUACCAAGCGUAGUAGUUUCUGCAGAAAUUGUGCCCAGGGUAGUAGCUUCUACAGAUGUAGUGCCAAGGGUAGAAGUUUCUGCAGAAGUGGUGAGCAGGGUUGUUUCUGCAGAAGUGGGUCCUGCAAAAGUGGUUUCCAGCAUAGUAAUUUCUGCAGAAGUGGUGCCAAGGGUACUAGUUUCUGCAGAAAUGGGUCCUGCAGAAGUGGUUUCCAGGGUAGUAAUUUCUGCAGAAGUGGUGCCAAGGGUUUUAGUUUCUACAGAAGUGGUGCCCAGAGUGGUAGAUUCUACAGUAGUAAUGCCAAGG